AUGCCGUCCGCUAUUGACACCGGUGCCAUUUCGACUCAGCUGUUGCUGAAUGGGGCGAUCAAAAGCCAUUCGGGUUCGGCCUGGAAGCCCCUGAUCCAUCCCCGUGCCGAUGAGACCUGCCGUGAGAAUGACGACUAUUUCCUGCAACACUGGCCCUUUUCUUCUGAGAAGAGGCGAGAGACCUUCGUCAAUGCCGGCUUCGGUCGAGUCACUUGCCUCUACUUCCCGCUGGCGCGCGAUGACCGUAUUCUGUCUGCGUGCAAGCUGUUAACAAUCCUAUUUCUCAUUUAUGAUAUUCUAGAAGAUAUGUCCUUGGAGGACGGAGAGGCGUACAAUGCCCAUCUGAUGCCCCUCAUGCGGGGAGAUGUGCUCCCGAACCGCGACAUCCCCGUCGAGUUUAUGAUGUACGACCUUUGGGAGGAGAUGCGUGCUGCGAGCCCGAUCCUAGCGGAUGGCAUUCUCGAGCCCACCUUCACCUUCAUGCGCGCGCAGACAGACAAGGCCCGUCUUUCGAUCAAGGAGUUAGGUCACUACCUCGUCUAUCGGGAGCGGGAUGUGGGGAAGGCUCUCCUGUCGGCGCUCAUGCGAUUCACCAUGGACCUCGAGCUGACGCCCGAGGAGCAAGCGGCGAUGGUGCCACUCGAUCGUAACUGUUCGAAGCAGAUCUCGGUGGUGAAUGAUAUGUGGAGCUGGGAGAAAGAAGUGCGCGCGUCGCAGUCGGGUCAUAAGGAAGGAUCAGCCCUUUGCUCGGGUGUCAAGGUGCUGGCUGAAGCAACUAAUCUAGACAUCGCCGCGACGAAGCGGCUACUUCAGGCCAUGGUCGAAGAGUGGAAUCAGGUUCACGAUCGGCUCACGGCGGAACAACUCGCGAUGGGAUGUCGUCCGGCCGUCAAGCUCUAUAUGAAGGGGCUGGAAUAUCAGAUGAGCGGCAAUGAGCUGUGGAGUCGGACAACCCUGCGCUAUGUUGAAAAAGAGGCAGCCGCUAGUGCGUAG